AUGUCUUCCAACAACUUCUCUUCUCAGCCCGGCAACGGUUUGCCCAUGGCUCCUGCCGGCCUUUCUUCCCGCCGUGGUAGCCACAACAUCAAGCCGCUCUCAUUUGAUGGCGCCAAUCACCAAGCCGUCCACGACAACGGCGCACCUACCCCGAGAACUAGCAGGUCUCAUCUCCUCGCUGGAUUGCGCACCGCACCCAAGUCUUCCACGGCUACUUCUUUCGGUCCUGCCUCGCCCACAGCCCAGCAGUUUGCUAGAAGCAGCAUGGCUGCCAAUCUGCACGGAUACUCCCAGGAAACCUACUACAACGCUCCCAAGACGGCCUUUCCUCAGUAUACGUCUCAGCAGCAGCAUCACCAGCAGCACCAGCAGCCCACCUACCAGUCCGCCGUGAACCAGCAUUUCGCUGUUGAGCAGGUCCUGGCCCCUCCUGAGCUCUCAAUGGAGGAACAGGCUCAGGACCCGAACCUCUACGCCCAGCUCGUUGCUACAAACAUGUACCUUGCCCAGCGCCAGCAGCUUCUGCAGCAGCAGCUUAGAAAUGUGCAGGCUGCCGCCGCCCAACACGCCGCUCAGCAGCAGUUCCAAAACCUCAACAUCAACGGCCCUCAGUUGCACCAUUUGUCCUCUUUUGAGCAGCUGCAGCAGCAGCAGCAACAACAACAACAGCAGCUGCAGCUACAAGCCGCCAUGAGCCAGGGCCAGCAGGUUUAUCUCAACCAGGCCACUGGCCAGUACUUUGUCGACACCAGUGCUUCUGCUCAGUCGCCUAUGCACUACCGCGAUAGCAGCACCUCGUCCUUCAACUCCCUUCAGCAGCUCCAGCUUCAACUCCAGCAGCAGCAGCAGCAGCAGCAGCAAGGUCUGCCUCGCGUCCAGGUAUCGCCUCCUCCAGAGCCUCAUCGCAGCUCCCUCCGCAGCGUCUCUCCUCCUAAGCGAUUUGACUCUCCUUCGGACACGACGCCUCUGCCCCCUCCCUCCGCCAAUGCCUUUCGUCGCGGCCAUAAGAAGGCCUCGUCUCUGGCGCCCGUCAACAGUAUUCUCGCCUCUGCCCUAGCUUCGGAUGGUCCCAAGUCUGCUGGUCCCAAGACGGCCUCUUUCCCCAUCACUCCCCUGACUGGUGGUUAUGGUCCUGGCCAGGCUCGUGCUGGCGAGCACCCUGUUCGUCAGCCCCGUGGCCCGCCCUCUCUCGAUGAGCUCAAGGCCAGGCCCACCGCCAAGCACGAGGGUUCCAAGAACUUCGCCACACGCACCCGACGAUCUGCUGUCCACAACCUGGUUCGCGCUGGCCUGUCUCGCCGCAAGUGUACUGGCAGCUCCUCCGGUAGCAUGAGCCCCGUUUCCGAGACGGCCGAGGACUCUGGCUCUCCUAUUACUGAUAACGACUCAGACUCUGGGGGUAGCGGCUCCGGCAGUCUUGCUGGUGAGGAAGAAUGUACCAGCUCCAGGACUUCAGCUAGCGGCGGCUGGGGAGCUAUUGGCUCUGAUCGCCCUGGCUCUCGUCAGAGGGCUCGCAAGAGCGAUGACCCGGACUCGACUGGCAGCUUUGCCAACGUCUUCAAAAAGGACAACGAUGACGUGCAGCGCAAGGCCCCCAGGAUGGUGCUCACCAGCGUUGAGAAGCGCAAGGCUACCCCUGCGGCUUGA